AUGCAGCGCUCGUCAGAUGUGGAAGAUGCAAACGCAAUUUUUUCGGACAAAGCUGCUACAAUCGGCAUCGCAAAAGCAGUACGUAUGACGUCAACAAAUCAUCAUUGUUACAUGCGUCCUCUUCGCCGCAAAACCGUAGUCGAAAAUCCUGGUGCGAGUACGACUACGGCUGAACGGCUGGAGGAUACGCACAGCGUAAAUUACAUGCCCAUGCGCUUAUCCGAUUUACCCAAGGCUUUCGGGCUAAGGGAUACGUCGGAUAAAGAUGUAUUCCCACAUCUGUUUAAUACACGCGAGAACCAGAUGUAUGUCAGGGCUUUACCCGACAUUCGAUACUUUUAUCCCGACCAAAUGAAACCGGAAGAACGCGAACAAUUUUUAGCUUGGCACUCAAAGAUGACUAACAAAGGUUACAUCUUUGAUUUCCAACGCGAAAUUGUUCGCUACUGUCGUAACGAUGUAGUUUUCCGUCGCGCCUGCAUGGAAUUCCGCAAAAUAUUUUUGGAACGUGGCGACGUGUGUCCCUUCGAGGAAUGCACAACUAUCGCAUCCACGUGCAUAAAAGUUUUCCGUAAAAACUUUUUACGGGAGGGUGAAAUAGGUGUGAUUCCGUUGAAGGGAUACAGGAACGUGGAUAAGCAAUCGCAAAAAGCUCUGAGAUGGCUCGACGUCCAUAGAACGUCCAUAAGACGUCCAUCGGACAUAUUUUACGGAUAUAGCAUGUCCACCAGUUUCAUAAACCAAUAUCCCAUGGACGUCCAUAGAAUGUCCAAAGGACAUAAAACGGAUGUCCUGUGGAUAUCCUCAAUAUCCAUUAAGGACGUCUUAUGGAUGUCGUAUGGAUAUCCGUGUGCUGUCUGGGCUAAAACAUCCGAUCAUUCACGCGGGUCGAGGACGCGUUUUUCGAAUCACGCGUUAUUAAAACUCGCACCUCUCAAUCCACGCGACGCAUUUUACGGCGGACAUACGGAGAACAUCGCGACCCUUUAUGAAGUUAAGGGUACAGAGAAAAUGCGUUACGUCGACGUAUGCUCUUUGUACCCUUAUGUAUUGAAAACCGGUGCUUUUCCGAUUGGUCAUCCGGAUAUUUAUAUCGGAGGAGAUUGUAUUGGAUUAAUCGGAGCAGCACCAAAUUUUAAUUUCGAUAACGUUGAGGGCUAUAGGGUGCUCCCACCUCGCGAUUUAUAUCAUCCGGUGCUCCCAUAUCGAGUGAACGGUAAAUUAAUAUUCGGACUUUGUCGUAGCUGCUGCGAAACCUUCUCGACAGCUUCGUGUACUCGCGAUUCCCCCUUCGAUCGUGAAUUCGAGGGUACACGGGUUUCUUGUGAAUUACGCAAGGCUGUCGAGAAGGGUUAUAUCGUGACGGAGGUGAGCGAGAUUUGCAAGAAGCGAGCGGCGAGCGGGUGGCCGAACGAAUGCCAGGAGGACGACGACGAAACUAAGGAACGAUACCUGCGUGAGUAUGAGGAAACCGAGGGUAUCGUUCUCGAAAAAGCUAAUAUCGCUCGAAAUCCUGGCCUUUGCUCGGUUACAAAACUAUGCUUGAACUCUUUUUGGGAAAAAUUCCGCCAGCGAGCUAAUUUGCCUAAAACCGAGGUCGUAAAAACAUAUCAGCAUUUCGUGAUUUUGCUCACAAGUUCCGAACACGAAAUAACCGGUAUAUUACCCGUCAACGACGAGGUAAUGUACGUUUCGUGGCGGCUACGUGAGGAAGCGGUCGUAGCCUCGCCAAUAACAAACGUCGUUAUCGCUGCCUAUACGACGGCACAGGCGAGUUCUGGUGAUCCGAACGAGCCGCAUACGAGUAACUUUUUAAGUGACAUGACGGACGAACUCAAAAGCUACGGCAGCGGUAACUAUAUCGAGUCGUUCGUAUCGUGA